UGUUGAAUGUGCGUAUUCGAUUUAGGUUACGUUUCCAAAACGUAACAACAGCGAGUAGCGGGUAUAAAGAUAAACAAUGACUGGAAAGUAACAAAUUGUAUUGUGUACGAAAACUGGAACGAUAUAAACGUGUAAAAUGGCAUCAAAUCGCAGCACACGUGAAGUAUUAUUAUCUCUUGUUGAUGACAUGGAGUUAAUAGCCAAAGAGCUAAUCGAGAAUACGAUAGCGCAGAAGCAUUUGAAACUAUCCAGCAGCGAGCACGCUCAACUGACAGAGUUAUUAGUUGCCAAAGACAAUGAGCUAAAUUCGACUUUGAAACUGGCAUCGGAACAGGCAAAAAUAAAUCAGAAAAUGGAUUCAUUAAAGGCAGAGGUCGAGAGGCAGGAUCAAGAUAUUCAACAAUUACAACGUCAGCUGAAAGAAGCUGAGCAAAUACUUGCCACUGCUAUAUACCAGGCCAAACAAAAACUCCAGUCUAUAUCUCGGGCCAAUAAGAGGCCUGUUCCUUCUGAAGAACUCAUUAAAUUUGCUCAUCGGAUUAGUGCAUCUAAUGCAGUUUGUGCUCCAUUAACGUGGCAGCAAGGGGAUCCACGCCGACCAUAUCCAACAGAUAUUGAGAUGAGGCUGGGCGUCCUGGGGCGACUCAGCGACCUUCCACUCAAUGGGCAAAUGAUCGGAUCUCAUCCGGGCAUUCCAGCCGAAUUGCAUCGAGCUGGACAUCCAGCAGAGCCUCCAGUAUCUCAGGCAAACCAAUUUGCCUGGCACCCAUCAGGAGAGAUCCACAUGUCCGUAGGUGGACAAGGCAGUGUAGCAAUGAAUACUCAUAAACAAGAAACGGAAGACGUUGAAGUAAUGUCGACAGAUUCAUCCAGCAGCUCCUCGAGUGAUUCCCAAUGAACAGUAAAUAUUUCAUUCGUCAUACCCGACUCAUGAUUGGAAACAUUUUUGAUAAGGAAAAACGUUGAAAACCAUGUUAAUGUAACACCACUACGUGUUUCUCAUUUACUUUAUAAGGACGGAAAUGUUAAUUUAAUUUAACGUUUCUCUUUACUAAUUGUACAAUUAAAUUCA